AUGAAAGAUCCUUCAAGUUUGAGGAAAGAUGAAAAUACACUUGAUCAUUCGUAUCUAAUCCAUAAACAUCAGGAGCAUCACGAGGAUAAAGAUGAACAUUUAGAAAAUAAAAGUAAUGAUCACAAACAUGAACAUGAACAUUCAGAAAGUCAUGAUCACGAUCAUGGUAUUUUUCACGUUCAUACUCAUGAUCAUAAAGAAGGUGCGGAACAGUUGAUCAGUGCUUUAUCCAGUGGGAGGAUAGAUAGAGGUACAAAGAUUACUUUGCUAGGUCUCGGAACAAACGUCGGAUUGACGGUUUCGAAAGGUAUCGCUGGAUUAUGGAUGAACUCCGCUUCUUUAUUAGCAGAAGCUGGACAUUCUUUAUCUGAUUUGUUAGGGGACUUUGUAACCUUGGCUACUUGGAGGAUAUCACGUAAACCACCGACUGAUAGGUUUCCUUGGGGAUACAGUAAAUUCGAGACUAUCGGGACUUUAUCCGUUAGCGUUAUUCUCAUAGUCGGGGGAGCUAUUGGAAUUGGAUUACAUUCAUAUUCUCUCUUACUACAUACCCUCUUACCGUACCUCGAAUCACUUCCCCCAGACACUCUCCUCCAUUCUCUUGGGGGUAAACUCCCAAGUAUCCCUUCACCUCUUUUAGAAUUAUUUCAUUCUCAUGGACCUUCCGCCAUUCCUCACGAUCAUCUCUCCGCAUCGAACCAAGUAAUUGACGCUCACGAACACCUUUCUUCUCUUUCCAACGAACAUGGAUCACAUGAUCACUCUCAUGGUGGGAAUUACGAAAUGACAUUAAAUCCACAUGCAGCUUGGUUCGCAGCUGGAAGUGUUUUGGUCAAAGAAUGGUUAUAUCGUCUUACUACUAGAGUUGCGGCUGAAGAACAUUCCCCAGUUCUGAAAGCGAAUGCAGUACAUCACCGAGCAGACGCUUUAACGUCAUUAGUAGCUUUAGGUAGUAUACUUGGAUCUUCCAUUGGAGGAUACAAAUUCUUAGAUCCUUUAGGUGGUUUAGCAGUAUCAUUCUUUAUACUUCAACAAGGUUUGGUAAUGUCUCGAACGGCAUUGUUGGAAAUUGUUGAUGCAGGGGUUGAUCAGACUACUCAGAAAGCUAUAGAGGGGAUUGUGGAGGAGUUGGUAGAUGGGAAAAGUUUAUUACGUGUUAGGAAUGUUAGAGGUGUUAGGAGUGGUGGUCAAACACAUUUAGACCUCACGAUUUCAGUUCCGGCAAGUAUGUCAGUCCGUCAAUCUCACGCCGUGGAGAGUAGAGUCAGAGAAGCUGUUUUACAUAGACGAAAAGAUGUUAGGGAAGUAAAGAUACAUGUACAUGGAGAAGAAAAUGGAGUUGAGGAAUUGGUAGAUCAUCAACUGGAUGGAAAUGAGAGGAGAACUGAUUUUGGUGGUUGUGAAGUUGAUGAUGAUCAGAGUAAAAAUAGAUGA